ACUGAAAGACAACUGAGGCAAGUGGUACCUGUGCCCGCAACUCAACAGUAUUAUUCAGUCAAUUUGAGUCAGUUGGCUGAGCUGCAAGAGAAUUUCAACGAUGCGCUGGCUGUGCUGCUUAUUUUUGCGUGGAUUAAGACUAUGAAAUACAUUAGUUUCAACAAGACGAUGACUCAGCUGACUGCAACUUUGGAGAGAUCUGCGAAGGAUAUCGGUGGAUUUUCGGUGAUGUUCUUCAUCUUCUUUUUGGCUUAUGCACAAUUCGGAUUUCUGGCGUUUGGUACUCAGAUAGCGGAAUACUCAUCGUUAUACAACGCAGUGUUUGCUUUACUGCGAACAAUAUUGGGUGAUUUCGACUUCGAUGCGUUGGAGAAUGCUGAUCGCAUAUUGGGACCGUUGUUCUUUUUGACUUACGUCUUUUUCGUGUUCUUCAUUUUGUUGAAUAUGUUCUUGGCGAUUAUCAAUGAUUCGUAUACUGAAGUGAAAUCUGAACUGAGUAGACAAGCGAAUGAUAUAGAGAUGGCCGAUAUUGCUGUUGGGGUUAGUUGCAAUAUAUUUUAUUCUCAUUGCAUUCACAUUGUUAUUGUUAUCAUGAAUGUAUAUUGCAGUAUUGGCAAGGUAUUUUGA